GGACUGGUUCCUUUGUGUCAUGUGACUGCUGACAGUCCAAAGAUCGGAGUUAUUGGUAAUCCGGAGGCCGUGUACACAGGUAGAAUGGGUCGCCUAGAUGGAAAAGUAAUUGUGCUGUCAGCCGCUGCACAGGGAAUCGGACAGGCUGCUGCCAUUGCAUUUGCUAAAGAAGGAGCAAAGGUGAUUGCAACAGACAUCAAUGAGGAGAAGCUGAAAGCUCUGGAAUCAUUCAAAGGUGUUCAGACAAGAGUAUUAGAUGUCACUAAGAAGGAACAGAUUGAAAAACUAUGCCAGGAGAUGGAUAGAAUUGAUGUUCUCUUCAAUGUAGCUGGCUUUGUUCACCAUGGAUCUAUAUUAGAUUGUGAGGAGGCGGACUGGGAUUUCACUAUGAAUCUCAAUGUGCGGAGCAUGUACCUUAUGAUCAAAACAUUCCUGCCAAAAAUGCUUGCUCAAAAAUCAGGGAACAUUAUCAACAUGUCUUCCGUAGCCUCCAGUAUUAAAGGAGUAGUAAACAGAUGUGUAUAUAGCACUUCAAAGGCUGCAGUCAUUGGCUUGACAAAAUCUGUUGCUGCAGAUUUCAUUGAGCAAGGGAUACGGUGUAACUGUAUAUGUCCAGGAACUGUGGAUACACCAUCACUAAGAGAAAGGAUCCAAGCCCAGCCAAACCCUGAACAGGCUUUAAAUGACUUCCUUGCAAGGCAGAAGACGGGCAGAAUGGCCACAGCAGAAGAAGUUGCUCACCUGUGUGUAUACUUGGCUUCUGAUGAAUCUGCUUAUGUUACUGGUAAUGCACACAUCAUUGAUGGCGGCUGGAGUCUGUAAAUCGAAUGACAUGAUUGUGAUGACGGAUGAAAAACUUCACCAAAAGUCGACAGGAAUUUAUCACAGAUCAAAACUAAUGCAAAUGCAAAGAAUAUAGAUUUACAUAUCUAUAAAUAAUGGGUCCCAUGUAUCAAAACUUCAGAUAUUAAUGACAGCCAAUCAAAGUUCAUGUUUAUUUCAUUUCAUUUUUUUGUACGAGAGAGACAAAUUCUGAUUGGUUGCUUUAAACAAGCCCCCCCCUUGCUCAAAAGGCAGCUUUGAUAUAUGAUCCCAAUGGUGAAGAUUUAUCAUAGCAACCAAUUAGAUUCUGUAUGCCAUAGUACAAAUUCUUUUUUAUUUUAUUUAUCCACAAGCCCUCUACAUUUGACUUCAGUUAAGAAAAGUAGUUAAAUAGGAUAAAGUCAUAUUAUUUUGAUGAUACAAUGUAACAAGAUCAAGUAAAUGUAUUAGAGACAAACUAAUAAAUAUUAUUUCUAACA